AUGAGUGCGAACGCCAACAAUCCGCUCUCGCCAACUGGCACGGGCACUGCCUACCCUUCCGGCGGUGCUGGCGGAUACGGCCCCAUCGGCGCUGGCGAGGUCGACGAUCUCGGCCGCCCAUAUGCGCCAUACAUGGCCGACGCAACUGAUCGCUCUCAGACGCCCCCAAGUCCUAUGCGCGGCGGCCCCGGUGCCUAUGGUACGUACCAUAUUGGUGGGCCGGGUCUCCCACGCACGAGCUCGGUCCCAACUAUCAACAUGCGCGCCCCGUUCCUCAGUCCUGCGUCGCGCCCAGGGAGCAGUCUAUGGGCUCCGCCGAGCUAUCCGUAUGGAUAUGCGCCUGCGAGCGGAUCUUCGACCGCGCUGAACAACUAUGCCGGCGCCGGCAGCUUUGGCGGUGGCUCGGGCUACCUAUAUCCAGGCCAGUAUCCUUCAUACCAGGACAUCCAGUCGCAGCUCAGGAAGAGCAAGCCAAUCAUGCCCAGCUCCAGGAUUACGCAGAAGCUGACUGUAGAGGACAAGCCAUGGCUGGCGACAAGAAGCAGGCGGGAGCGCGUCGGCUACUGGCUGACGAUCAUGGGCAUGAUCAUAGGCUGUGGUGUCGCCGGCGUGCUUAUCUGGUACAACUACACCGGCCAGUUCUACCUCACCGACAGCCAACUGUGCUCCGUCCUCUCGGAGGACUGGAGUGGUGGAUUGGACCUCUCGAGCACGUGGGUCGCAGACAACGAGCUUGGUGGCUUCGACCACGGCGAGUUCCAGGCAACAACACAGCUCAGCCAGAACCUCUAUGUGUCGGACAACGAAUUGUACAUCAUGCCGACACUCACGAGUGACUACAUUGACAGCACGUCUAAAAUCUUUGACGGUUACACGUUUAAGGUGCCGGAUUGCUCGACCACGAACACCACUGCUUGUGAGGUCUCGUCGUCGAACAGCACUGGCGCAGUUGUCAACCCGGUCAUGUCCGCGCGUAUCAGCACUCAGGGCAAGUACAGCAUCCAAUACGGUCGUGUCGAGGUCGUCGCGAAGAUCCCGUCCGGUGACUGGCUCUGGCCGGCUAUCUGGAUGUUGCCCGUCAACAACACGUACGGUGCGUGGCCGAUGAGCGGUGAAAUUGACAUCAUGAUGGCUCGUGGAAAUCCGUCUUCGUACCCCGCGCAGGGAGUAGACUAUGUCCGAGGCCAGCUUAUAUACGGUGUGAUGGCGUCGCUCCAGACAACGCUCUAUGGAUGGUGGGACAGCAAGAUGACGCCCUAUAGCGAGGGCUUCCACACGUAUUCGCUCGAAUGGACAGCGGACUGGAUGCGUAUCUAUGUCGACUCGCGGCUGCACGCGAUGGUGGAGUCGAAGAUCCAAGGACGUGGCGGAAAGAGCUUCUUCGACCGCGGCGACUACCCGACGACGACGCAGAACGGGUCAAGCGAGGUCGUCGUGGAGAAUAUCUGGGAGCAGGCCGGCGGCGGACCAAAUGCUCCGUUCGACCAGGAGUUCUAUCUAAUUCUGGACGUUGCAGCGGGUGGCACGAACGGGUGGUUCCCCGACAGCGAGGGCGACAAGCCGUGGUACGACGGAUCGGAUACGGCGAUGCGAGAGUUCGCGGAGGCACAGAGCACUUGGGCUGCGUCGUGGCCGAGCGACGCUGCGGAUCGCGCGUUCCGGGUAUCCUCAGUGAAGAUGUGGAAGCUUUGCUAG